AUGUUGCGAUCACUUUCAAGAGUUUUACGUCGCCAAUACAGUAGCCAGCAAACUGCUAACGUGCCUCUAGGGAUGAGUUUCUGCCUGUCUGAGGAGCAAAAAUCCAUACAAGCAAUGACUCGUAAAUUUGCAAAAGAAGAAAUAAUACCGGUUGCUGCAGAAUAUGAUAAAACAGGCAAAUAUCCAAUUGACAUCAUCAGGAAAGCAUGGGAAUUGGGUCUUGUCAACACACAUAUUGAAGCUAAAUAUGGUGGAAUGGAACUGGGUGUAUUGGAUAGUGCGAUUAUCUCAGAAGAGCUUGCCUAUGGUUGUACUGGUAUUCAAACAGCUAUUGAAGCCAAUAAUUUAGCAGAAGCACCACUUAUUGUUGCAGGCAAUGAUUUUCAAAAGAAAAAAUAUUUGGGUAGAAUGACAGAAGAGCCGCUGGUUGCCUCUUACGGUGUUACAGAGCCUGGAGCUGGUUCCGAUGUGGCUGGAUUAUCAACCAAUGCCGUAAAAAAAGUGGAUGGAAGUUGGGUAUUGAACGGACAAAAGAUGUGGAUUACUAACGCUGGUCAUGCCAAUUGGUUCUUUGUUUUAGCAAGAACGGAUGCAAAUGCAAAUACUGGAAAAGCCUUCACCGGCUUUAUUGUAGAUGCAGAUGCCCCAGGCAUCACGUUGGGUCGUAAAGAAAUCAAUAUGGGGCAGCGUGCUUCUGAUACUCGUGGGGUAACGUUUGAGGAUGUGGUCGUUCCGGCUGAAAAUGUAUUAGGGUCUCAAGGUGAAGGCUUCAAAAUUGCCAUGAAUGCCUUUGAUAUUACAAGACCAUUGGUCGCAUCAGCUGCUGUUGGCUUAGCUAGGCGUGCUUUGGAAGAGGCCUUACAAUAUUCGUUAGAGCGUAAAACGAUGGGAAGGCCUAUCUUUAAUCACCAAGCGGUUUCCUUCAUGUUAGCAGAUAUGGCCAUCGGUAUCGAAAGCGCGCGUAUGAUGGUUUAUCGAUCGGCUUAUAUGAGGGAUCAAGGACAACGAAAUACUUGGUAUGCAAGCAUUGCAAAAGCCUUAGCCGGGGAUGUAGCCAAUAAAUGCGCUACAGAUGCAGUUCAAAUCUUUGGAGGUAACGGAUUUAAUACAGAAUACCCCGUCGAGAAGCUGAUGCGUGAUGCGAAGAUCUUCCAAAUAUACGAAGGUACAGCUCAAAUCCAACGGUUGAUUAUUUCUCGUGGGCUAGCUGAUACACUAAAAUCGGGUGUUGAUGCAAUUGGAGGAUUUUGA